AUGGCGGGUAAAUGGUAUUUCACAAAAAAAGAGUUGCGUAAAUCACCGAGUGCCAGAGUGGGUAUCAGUGCAAAGCAAGAACAAGAUUACAAACGACAGGCUGCGUGUCUGAUAAACGACAUGGGCCAACAGUUGAAAGUUUCUCAGUCAUGUAUCAAUACCGCAACUAUUUACAUGCAUAGGUUUUAUGCAUACCACCCGCAAUCAAAGUUCAAAAAGUGUUCAGUUGCAUGUGCAACUUUGUUCCUGUCUGCAAAAGUUAAAGAAACACCUUUAAGACCAAAAUUUGUGAUUAAAACUAUGUACCAGUGCUUGGAUAAAAAUUCUAAGCAGAUCAAUAUACAUUCAGAAAACUUCAAGGAAAAAGUUAAUGAAUUACUUUUCGACGAAUUAAUUUUAUUAACGACUUUGGGAUUUGUGACUGAAAUUGAACACCCCCAUGCUUAUGUGAUCGAGUUUUGUCAAAAGUUGAACAUGAGUAAAGAAUUUUCGCGGCUUGCUGACAAAAUAGCGACUCAUUGUCUCCAAUUGACUUCAAUGUGUUUAAGGUACAAACCCAAGGACAUUGCAAUUUUUUGUGUUCAUCUGACGAUUAAAUGGUCUCAUUUCAAGAUCCAGGAAAUCGUCGAUGGAAAAUCUUGGCUCCAGCGCUUGAAUUCCAAGGUCACUGAUCAACUUUUAUGGAAAAUGGAAAAAGAGUUUAAAAGUAUCUUGGACACAUGUUCGUCACGGAUUCAAACUCGAGUCAUGGAUCUUUUUAAGAAAAAUUCCGUGCCUCCGGCUUCGAUUCAAAAUAAAACGUCUGAUAGGUUGUUUAAAGAUGGCAAGGAGGAGAGUGUACCACCGAAGUAA